AUGCGCGCAUCGUUCAUUAUUCCUGUUGCUCUCGCCACUUUGAACCGUGCCAUUGCGCAGGGCUCUGUAUCAGACUGGCACCCAGCUGGGCCGGGAGAAUCUCGAGGGCCCUGUCCCAUGCUGAACACACUGGCAAACCACGGCUUCCUCCCCCGUGAGGGUCGCAACUUCACGCUCCCCACUGUUAAGCAUGCACUCAAGACAGGUGUGAAUGUCAGCGAAGAGAUCGCAGAGCUGUUGUACAACUUCGCGCUUACAACGAACCCCGGUCCGAACACGACCACGUGGGGGCUUGACACCCUCGCCAAUCACAACAUUCUGGAGCAUGAUGCUAGUUUGAGUCGCUCAGACGACUACUUCACCCAUGAUGUCAUCAGCUUCAAUGCCACCGUGUACAACCAGACGCGCUCUUACUGGACUGAAGACUUGAUCAACAUCCAAAUGGUCGCCAAUGCUCGUCUUGCCCGCAUGCUCGAGUCCGUCCAGCAUAAUCCACAAUUCGCCCUCUCCGAGCUAGCUGGUGCGUUCAGUGCGGGUGAAGGGGCUGGAUACAUGCUGGUAUUUGGCAACAAGACAGCGAAGACAGCAAGGCGGGACUUCGUGGAGUACUUCUUCGAACAUGAACGCUUGCCAACUGAGCUUGGCUGGACGACUGCAGAGGCAGUCAUCAGCCGCCAUGAUCUUUCCACCUUCUCAGAUGAUAUUAUCAAUGCUACAUCAUACGAAGCAUUGAAUUCACAUCGCUAGCAUUAAGUCGUCGACCCUGAGUGAGUGGAGACGUGGAGACACGAAAUGCAAAGUUUAGCGAGAAGGUCGUUGAGCUGCUAGUGCAGCUCGUCGCAACGCGCUCUGGCAACAUUGCAGGACGCGCAAAGUCAGUUCGAAGGCGCAGGUUUCUUCUCCUGAUUAUACACCAGUAUUAGAUUUGCGCAGAACAACACCGAUCAAUUUAUACAAUUCGUUGU